AUGGCAUUUGAUCCAGACGCUAAGCUGUCCGACGUGCUCGCCAGCGGCUACGAUCUCAACAACCAGCUCCAAGCAUUGCUCAGCCGUCCCUUGGAUAGCCGCGGCCAGGAGCUGGCCAUGGCUUUCAGCCAAGAGCUGUCGCGGGUGUUCUUGGUAUCCCUGUCCAUGCUGAACAGUAACUCAUCAGUGGCGCCGGAGGUAAGGACGGGCAAUAGCUCCGGCGUCAGCACUCCGGCGAAGGAAAAGCGUGCCAGGUACUACUUCAAGUGCAACCGCCACCGGCGCUGCGAAGCCAAGAAGAAGGUGCAGCAGCAGGACGCCGGCCCUCCCAUGUUCGAGGUCACCUACGUGAACGAGCACACCUGCCACGAGCUACGUGCCAGCGACGACGACGCUGCUGCUGCUGCUGCUAGGAUGGCGUCGCCCUGGACCACGAGCCGUCGCCACGCCCUCGCCGGAGCCGUGGACACCGCGAGAGGCCAUGGCCAUGGCGCCGGCAGCGCGGAAGAGAACGAGGCCAUGGUCUCGUGCCUCGCGGCCGUCGUUAGCGGAUCCGUGCCGCCGCCGCCGUCCUCGGGGUGGCCGCCAGCACCCGAAGCGAGCGCGAGCGAUCCUGACGCGGCCGGACGCUCGGCGACCGUGGCGGACGACGAGGCGAUGAUGACGAUGACGAUGAUGGUCGACGACACGGGCUUUUCGUGGGAUCCCUGGUGGUCGUUGUGCCCCGUCGAGGAAGCCGCCUCCGGGCCUCAGCUGGUGGUGAUGAACCCGGCGAACCACCACCGGGACGACAUGCACAUGGACAAGGACGAUGCCGGCGGGUUCGCGGACACAGUGUGGCCAGAGCACACGUGCGGUGCGUGGCGUCGAGCUUGA